UCUACAGAGCAAUUAGACCGGGUCUAGCCCGCUGCUAGAUGCACUGUAAUUUUCGGCUAAAAUCCCUACCACGAUGACCGUGAUCCAUUGAGUCGUCGAGGACUGUACGCACGAUAAUGAUACGUGGGUGUUACAACAACAUUGCGAUCAACAAACUGUACGAACGAUCGUGCGAUUUUAAAAAUAAUUGAACGACCCUGCUGCGUAAAAUGGGUGCCACUGUGGGACUGUUACUGUUGACUCUUUUGUGUGCUAGUGUCAGUGGAGUGCAAGGCGAGUGCAGACACGUGAAGAACGACGACAUGAUAGAGUACUCAUGCGAGGGCGGUCAGCUCUCCGAUUUGGACGGCCUUCCGGACUCCACUGGAAAGAUUCGCAUCACGAACAUGCCAAUAUCACGGAUAACCAGGAAUACGUUCUCAAGGUUUGGCUCCGAGCUUUGGGUCCUCGCCAUCUCCCACUGCGGUAUAGUAGACAUCGAGCCAGGUGCUUUCGAGCACCUGAUAAAUCUCCAGCAGCUGAGCUUGGACAACAACUACUUGACCGCCGUCGAGGAGUCCUGGUUCAGAGGUUUGAAUGACUUAACGUUCUUAGACCUGAAUUUCAACAACAUACACACCAUCGAGGACGGUGUGUUCAAGAAUCUACCUAGUCUCAUAGAUCUGAGGCUCUCUGGUAACCGUUUGGAAUGCUUGAACCUCAGCGAUAUGGCUCACUUGAAACUGCAGAGGAUGUUCCUCAGCGAGAAUUCAGAGUUUAAGUGUCCCAAUGCGGUGAGCAGCUACCUUGAAGAUCGUGGGGUGAUGUUCGAAAGAGACCCCGAGUGGAAUAAGAUUCCCAAUGACUUGGUCCCCGUGGAAACUCCACUCGAGUACGAAGACGUGUACGAUGAGACCACUUCGGUUCCAACGACGCAGCUACCUAUGCAUCGAGAAAGGCUGCAUCCCGCUUCAAGACCUUCUACGCCUCGUCCCAUGGAAUCUACGCCAACGUACCCGCCACUGUGGUUCUACACUACCGAAGACGUUGUUUAUCAUCCAAUGCGCGUCACUCCCGAUUGGAGAACUACGCAAAGACCAUCAACGAUCGGCUACGAGGACACCCAGUCGUUCACAACAACGAUGUCACCUUACGACAUCGCGAGGGGAGUCCAUGUUCCUCCUAGAGUUAUACCUGUUCAAACAACCACGGAUACGCUUGACAUAAACAAGCUUGACAACUUGGACCUGACAGUCCUAGGACCUCGACCCAGUUUUCCAGAAUCCACCAACGCCAGGCCUGAAUUCCCGAUUUAUACGGGCAGCGAUCCGUUCCCAUUGGCACCUGGCCCGAAUGAUCGUCAUGAAACUCCACCUUCCGUGGAUUCCAACGUCGACCGCACCGCUGACCCGCCUGAAGUCGCCUGGCCGGACAGAAACACCUGGGAUAGGGAGUAUCCACCCGCUGUGGAUAAUAGAUUACAAGGUCAGGAAACGGGAUACUCAGGUCCUCCAGAGUAUAGGGUCCCGCCAACCGUCGCUCCACCGUCUCCAACUCACGUUGUUAGACCUCAGCAGCCAGAAGUGCCAGAAACGGUUCGACCAGCUUGGCCAGAAGUCCCAGAAACGGUUCAACCACGUUGGCCAGAAGUGCCGGAAACGGUUCGACCAGCUUGGCCAGAAGUCCCAGAAACGGUUCAACCAGGUUGGCCAGAAGUGCCAGAAACGGUUCAACCAGCUUGGCCAGAGAUCAUCCAGACACCGUAUUACGAGCACCCGAUUACUGUUCAUACGCCACCUGUAGAGAGCCUUCCACCUGGCCAAGUCGCAGGACUCCCGCCAAUCGAGACAACCACCGAUAAACCGUUACCCAAUUGCGGUCGUAGGAAUCUGUCUUCGACGAUGGAACGAUCGUUCGUUGUAAUAUUCAUCUCUGUUCUCCUGGUCUACAUGGGAGACGUCCUUGUGGAGGGAUUUUAGCUAAAAAUUUCUUAUGUUCAUAUUAACGACUAUACUUCAUCGACGAAACACGCUCGUUAACGCGAG